AAGUUACGGGCAGCGAGCAGAGCUUCAGCUGUCAGCAUUCAGUGAUGUUUCCUGCAGAUCUGCCAGAUGUGGAUGAAACUCACCUCACAUCUGCAUCUCAACGCUACCUGUCUGCUGUGGACUCAGAACCUGAUACCAGCCACUGGAUCCACUCAUCACACACCUCAAAGGUGCCGAUAAAAGCAGCAAACAUCCGGCAGCUGCAGCUGUUUGAGGACGACCAGCCUCCCUGCGUGCUGCUGGGGCUUCAUCCGCCCGAUGAUCCAACACGAGUGGUGGCUGUUUACCUGCACGACAGGUGGUGGAGUUUGGACGACGUCUUGCGAACGUCCAGCAGAUCCAGGAGCAGCCUGCUGCCGGUGGAGUCGCUGACGGAGAGGGUGAUGGUGUUCCUGCUCAGUCGGCUGGUGGACAAUCCUUCACCGGGGGAGGACUUGUUCUCUCUCCACCCUCGAACCGAGAGCUGCAAGCUGCUGUGGAGGGACGGCCGGGCGCUCGGCUUCUACACCGUCAAGCACAAAGGAACCAGAGUCUGA